CAGAAUCGCGUCUAUGCGUGUUCAUAUGCGUGUAUGUGUGCGUUGUAAGAUACAGUGAAGGAUAUAUAGUUUCGGCGUAGGCGUAGAUAUAUUUUUGUCUCGGUUGUUUUGUCAAGUUUUACAUUUAUGACAACCCCAGAUUGACAUUCCUGAAAGAGAUACAAUAUACAUAUAUACAUAUAUAGUAAAUAUAUAUGUACAUAUAAAUAAAAAUAGCACAUAUAUUAAGAGAGUUUGUUUAAAACACAAGUGAGUUUCAAGAUGCCGUGCUCAAUACGUGAGAGGGCAGUUUCGGUUCGUCCGCGACGAGAUAAGAACCGCGAGAAGGAUGUGAUGGCCCCAAAGCCGGUGCAUCCCCGUGCCGUGCGCUUUCACGGGCUCUUCGGUAUGUCCUUUGUGCACCAGCAUAUGAUGGUUGAUCAUCGGUGGACGCCAAACUCCCUGACCGAGCAGUUUAAGGGCAUGACCGAUCUGUUGACGCGACGUGUGGUCUUUAAGCGGCAUGAAUUGAAGACGAAUCGGCAGCGUUAUGUCCGUGAAAAUAAACGCCUCAAGUUACAGUGUCGCGAUGGUCGCGCCAAGUUGCAGAAAAUACUUAUCGGCGAUAAUACGCAUAAGAUACGCAACUUCUUGAUCAAUCACAAGGACAUGCAGAGGCUGUAUCAAAAGAUGCCCAUACAUAUGGUGGUGGAUAACAUCAAUCAGCGUACAUUUGUUUUGCGUAAGGAGCGCGAUCGUCUAGAGUUUCGUUUGGAUCAGCUCAAGAAACAUUACAAAGAUUUGCUUCUUCAACGUGCAGUUCUGCAGAAUCGCAUUAAAUACCAAAAUGAGUUCGUGCUUGAGGAAGAACUGAAAUCGCGGGUCUUUCUUAAGAAGAUCGAGAACUCCAAUGUGCGUCUGAAGGCAAUCAAAACGAUUAAUAAUACGUAUAAGAAAAUGAUACAAGUGUUGCUCCACGAUGAGAUUUUCUAUGAGCCCAUUUUACGUUCACUCAGCGCAGACAUGGAGGAUCAGGCCAACUUUAUAAAACAUAUCCUUUUCUUAGGCAUGCCAGCGAUAGCAAAAUUCAAAGAACUAAACGAUGAGUACAGACAGCUGGAGGAUAAAUCACGCAAGAAUUUACAAAUGAAACUGCAAAUGUUGUCGACGCUGAAGAAACCAGCGGGUUCGAUUGUUCCCGUGCAGGCCAAGACCAAAGAGGAAAUGUUGCCAACCACUAAUUUGAAGCGGUAUGUGCGGGAAACACAAAGUAUGUUGGUGCUCAAGACGGAACUGAAGUCCAUCGAGAAGAUAAUAAAGGAGGUGAAAUUUGUGACUUUGUGCUCACAGGCCAAGGAGAUAUAUCCACGCAUGAAAUCGCAGGUGGAUAACAAUGAGAAACUGCAUCGUAUGAUUGAGAACGAUAUGCUGGCCCAUGAAAUGCUCGAGACUAAGAUGAAAUGCGCCAGUGUGCUAAAGGGGGUGCUGGUAAAUAAUUUAUCCGAGGAGGAAAUCAAUCGACUGGAACGCAUCAAAGAUUUGAGAAAAAUGCUGAAAAAGGACGAAGAGUUUGAGGCUGAGACAUUGAAGCAUCUGAAGAAUCGUGCCGAUGCCUAUGUGCUGCUUCGCGUGAGCAUUUGGAAUCUGGUGGAAAUUCUGCGACAUGUAGAUCGUCAACCAAAAAUGAUUCGCUCACAAUAUCCCAAUUCGUACCUAAAACUCCCUCUGCUUAAGUUUGAAAUGCUGAAUAUGCGUGCCGUUGCGCCCGAAAUAUUCGAGGAAAAUAUUGACAACAUUAUGCAUAUGGUGAAGCGCAAGCUCUAUAAGCUGAUGAAGGGCUAUAAGGUGGAGUUGAAGAAGGCCACCAUUUUGCGAAAUGUGGAGGAAUAUCAUGCCGAUUUUCUUGCCAGUUUGGAAAUGGGAGAGCCCAUGGACACUGAGGAGCAGCAACAGGCAGUGCCCGAAGAGGACCUCCUGCAGGAGAAUAAGACAAUGGCCAAUGUGCCAAAUCGCAAGCAAAUUAAGGCGCAGAGCGCCAAGCUUGUCGAGGAGCUUUCCAAAAAGGAGGAAUAAUUUAAUUAUAUGGUUUAUUAUUAUUAUUUAUAUUUUUAAUGUUGUGGUUCCAUUGACUAAAUUCUGAGUGCGCCAGUGUGCCAGCAGUAAGAGUAAACAAACGCUGGCUGUUGAGGAAUUUUCAGCUUUUGGUUACUCUUACUAUUGCAUAAAACAUAGUCAAAAUUGUGUGUUUAAAAUUAUAGAAAAAUAUAUCAAAAUAUAUGAAGAACUUUUAAAAAUGUAA